GGGAAUUGCUGGUCUCGGCACGUCCGCGAGGCUCCUCCUCUCGCCGUGCCCCACGCCCCACGGGCCUCCGGGGCGCAUCGGCGGUCGCGAUAAUGAGCCGCAUCUACCACGACAGCGCCCUCCGCAACAAGCCGGUGCAGAGUGCGCGGCUGCCCGGGGCCUGGGACCCCGCGGCCCACCAGGGGGGAAACGGUGUCCUGCUGGAGGGAGAGCUGGUGGACGUAUCUCGGCACAGCAUCUUGGAUGCCUGUGGUAGGAAGGAACGCUACUAUGUUUUGUAUAUCCAGCCCAGUCACAUCCAUCGCCGUAAAUUUGACCCCAAAGGAAAUGAAAUUGAGCCCAACUUCAGCGCCACCAGGAAGGUGAACACGGGCUUCCUCAUGUCAUCCUACAAGGUGGAAGCUAAGGGGGAUACCGACAGGCUCACGCUUGAGGCACUGAAGGGGCUGGUGAAUAAGCCAGAGCUGCUUGUGCUGACAGAGAGCCUCACUCCGGACCAGACAGUGGCGUUCUGGAUGCCCGAGUCAGAGAUGGAGGCGAUAGAACUUGAAUUGGGGGCCAGCGUGCGGCUGAAAACUCGGGGUGAUGGCCCCUUCCUGGAUUCACUGGCCAAACUUGAUGCUGGGACAGUGACCAAGUGUAAUUUCGCUGGUGAUGGAAAGACAGGGGCGUCUUGGACAGACAACAUCAUGGCCCAGAAGUCUUCAGAGGGGGCUGUAACUGAGACCCGAGAGCAGGGGGACGGGGCCGAGGAUGAGGAGUGGGACGACUGAGGUUGGUGAGAGAGGGAGCAGCUCUGGGACCCACCAGCACCUUCCAUAGCAUGGUUGAAUAUUUCCUCCAUCGACUUCUGCUCUGGAUGGCGAGAGCACAGUCUGCCAAGCCUUGCCUGGUUCUUCCCUACAGCCCUUUGAACAAACUCUGCUAAAAUAAAAUCCGAGACCAAGACGGUAGGGCGGGGCCCAUGCUGGGCUCAUGAGGUCCCUCCCCUGGUGCCAGUCUAGCCUUCUUGGACAUGUCCACGUGGCCCUUGCCCUGGCUGACAGUCUUGUUUCUGGAGGCAGGUGAUGGGUGAGGCCUCAGGACAAUCUGAGAUGAACUGGACUUGGUGAGAACUGGGGGCCAUCCCGCAUCUGAAUGCAGGGUGGCUCAGGGGAGAGGUUAGCGGCUUCUAUUCUCAUUAUGUUUCCUGUCUUCAUCAUACACAUACACACAGACCUCAUGGCAUCUACUGCUCCUUCCCAACAAACUCUACCUUUCCCCAGAGUCUCACUUAGUGCUGUUUUUCCUCCUUUCCUCAGUAUCUCCAUGUCAUAGCAUCUGCUCUCCUGCUUUGAGCCUCCUCACCUACCUUAUCCUUCCCCCCUGAAGCUGCAAGUUCUUAACUUCUCCACUGACUCCAUGCCACCUUGAAGUUUCCUGUCUUUGGACCCCCUGGCUGGUUUCCUGUGGGUUCUGUUCUCCGGGAGGCCGACAGAAUUCAUUGGUGUGACCAGCUGGUCCACAUCUCCACCAGGCCAACAAUUUUGACAACCCCUUUUUUGUAUCUUGAGAACUUUUUUUGAAUGAGCAAAUCUUCAGAAAAGGAUUCUUCCAUACUGAUUAGAUUUUUGCCAUGUGUAAGUGAUCUCCCAGCUGAGCAAUAUCCUGAUUAGGAUGCCAUUUCUCUUUGCCUUGCUGGGUAGUGUACCCAAACCCAGAUCUGUGAAAGGAUGGGUAAUGGUGGAGAACCAACAAUUAUUGAGCCCUCUAAUAUGUCAGCACAGUACUAGAUGCUUUCCAUGACAGUAAUUAUAACCACCGCCUGUUGAGUGCUUCCUGUAUGCUGGUACUGUGCUAAACACUUGGAUUGUCUUAUUUAAUCUUCACCAUAAUUCCAGUAGGUACAUAAGAUUGUUAUCCCCAUUUUUUCAUAUGUCACUGAAGCUCAGAGGCUCCAUAGCUAGUAUGUAGAGGAGAGAGAAAUUUAAACCCAGGCAGUCAUUUUUCAAAGCCCAUAUUUGUAACUACUAGACUAUUCUUCCAUGUGCAUAUUAUAUAGAGGGGGAAAGGGGCCUCAGAGAAGUUAAGCAAUUUGCCUAGAGUUAUAUAGCUAACAUGAUUGGCAGAGCCAGAAUUCAAAUCCAGAUGGCUGUCUGAGGCAAAAGUUACGCUCCUCCACUGCUCCCCACCUCCCUUGGCCUACAGAGGGAUGCAGGGCGCAGAGACGGCCUGGCCCGUGAAGCAGGGUUGUAUUUCCAUACUUCAGGGGACUUGCCCAAACCCUUGACUGCUGAUCUGCCCAGGCUGAGACCAGCUCUAUUGCUAUCAGCAGUUGAGCAAUUCAUACUGUGCUUCCAGUGUUUAUUAUCAUAUUUCAAACACUUAUUUGCCUUCCUGUGUAUUUGAAACUGGGUUCAACUCUAUGACUAUGAAGCUUGAAAGUGACCCUUCAGCUGGGCCUUCUGCAGUCAUGGGUCUCUUCUGUUCUUGUUGCCCUUUUCUUAGUCCAUGUCCUUACACUCUCUCACCAGCGCCUCACUGGUGUCCAGUGUCUGAAUGGGGCUGGCUCAGAGACAGGUCAUACUGGGAUCUCAACCAAGGGUGACCAGCAAGGCAGCUGAGCAGGAGCAGUCUGGGGACACUGACUAGGGCAGAGGCGCCUAGUUUGGGCUUUCUGCCCACCAUGGCCAGAGGGAACGGCAAGUUCACAGGAGUGGGUCACCAUUCCAAGCACCAGGGAAGCACAGUGUGUCAGUGGGGGAAGUCCUGAGGCAACAAACAGGAUUUGGUGUCUUUAUGGUGCUUCAAGAAGAAGAAGGCCACUGGGACUGGAGCUCGGAGAAAGGGUGGGGGUGGGCAUCCAGCAGUGCAUCCUAAGGCCUGUUAGGGGUUUUGGACUUCACCCUAAGCGUCCUGGAAGCCAGUGAUCUAUGGAGAGUGGUAAGGUCUAAUUUGUAUGUUUCAAAGAUCAGUUGACUAUGGAGACAUUGGAGGCAUUGAGCCAGGUUAGGAGACUGUUGCAUUUGUCCAGGUGAGAGGCUCUAGUGGUUGGGUCUCUAGAAGUAGCAGUGGAGG